CGAACAUGAAGACGGUGGUGAGGAGCAACGGAGAGCAGGACAAAUAAUUUGUGGAGGAACAUCCUCGAGGUGACGACUGCCACUUUCUCCACUACGACAACGGAUUAGUUGCAGCUCUGAGUCACUGCACAGACGACGAUAUCCACGGUUACAUGAUUGAUGGAGGGAAACCGAUAGAAAUUAAGCCGAUCCCUUCGCGACUCCGCCAAAUGCUCAACUCUCCACCUGAAACAGACAACGAAAUAAUUAUGAUCAGUGCUCAUAUCGUUCGUGCUGUUGAUCCUUUCCCACAUCUCAAAGCCCAUCAAGAGAUUUGCGAUGUUGAUGUGUCUACUCGAAUGAAACCAAUACUCCCCAAGGAACCAGUUGUGGCGGAAUCUUCGUCACUAGAAAAGCGAAAGGAUAAUUCAGAAAAGGGAAACCAGCCAUCUGGAAAAUCAGUUGGUGGUUCAAGCAAGAACGCUCUUGAAAAACCAUCAGCGAGUGGUAGGGCUGCUGCCCCGAAUAAAGUCAUCGAGUUGGGAAUCUUUGUCGAUCAAGCGGCACUAGGUCUGUUCAUGCCGUACUUUGGAGAAAAGGAAUACGUCAAACUUCGUGAGCUGGUUCUCGCCUUCGUCAAUGCGAUGCAAGCGAUGUCGACCAUUUGCCUAGCCUGGGCCAAAAAGUCGACUUCACAAUCGUCUACAUGGAAUUCCAGGAAAAGGCACCAAUCAAUUUGAUCACAC